CUUACUUAUAUAGAUCUAGAGUCUGUGUGGGUCUAGAAAUAGUCUACUGUCUAGUGUUAAAUAAUAGUUGUAUGACAUGUAGGAAUCUAUGUCAGUGUCUUGGAAGCAGCAUCUCGGAGAUCUCCAGUUUUGAAAAAUUGAUUAAGUAAGCCUAGCAAUCAACACCAACAUGGCUACAUCGCCAACCAUACUGUAUCUGAAUGAAACGUACAAAAAGAAAAUUAAAUGCUCAGAAAAGGGACCAUCAUUGAAUCUAAAUGAUGGGAAAAGUAUAUCAGGAAUUUCUAGUAUAGCUAAAUACCUGCAAAGAACACAACCUGAAUUUCAAGAUUUAUCAUUAGAGGAUCGCAUGGUGUUUGAACAGUGGCUAGAAUAUAGAAACAUCAUUACUAAUUGUUCUGAUGACAUAGAGUCUCAAAAAAUUGUGUUAAAGGAACUGAAUGGUUAUCUAAAAGACAAAGUGUAUUUUGUAGCAGAGAGAUUCACUGUAGCUGAUGUAAUUAUUUAUCACAGUCUAUAUGAGAUUUAUAAAAAAGUCACAUUCCAAGACAAGGAAAAUUACAUCUACCUAUCGAGGUGGUUCAAUAAUAUACAACAAGAUAAAAGAACAAGACAGUCAUUACCACAACUAAAAUUUCUAAGGACACUUAUUUAUGAUGGUUUUAAUGGUCAUUAGCUCUCUAGUUGAUACAUCAUUUUAUUAGAAUUUCAAAUUAUAUUUAAAAAAAAAAAUGUAUAAAAGGUUUUGAACUUUUUGUAUUAGUAAUUUUUUUAGGAUUAAAAUUUUUUAAAGUAGUUUUAUUAUUGACUUGAAGCAAUUUUAGGAGGUUUUUUUUUUUUUUUUUGUGAGAAAGCAACAUAUGUAAUCAUAGUUGUUGAUUACAUUUAUGAAUAAGAAACAAAAAAAGUUCAAUGUUUUAAAGCUCCCCCCAAAAUAUAAAUGUUAUUAUCACUUCAUUAUGUUUAAUAUAAUACAGAACCUUUAUACAAUAACAUUACAAAUUAAAAAAAAAUAAGUUGAGCAUGUUCAACAAUAUCUUCAUUUAUUUUUAAAAUUGGAGGUUCUAUAUUUAAUUAAAUCUUUAAAAAAAAAUAUUUUUAAGCAUAGAUAUAUGUAAAACAAAAAUGAAAAUAAAAAAGAAUUUAUCUUCACAUAAACAUGAUUUAAAUUGCAAUUUACCUAAAAAAAAAAAAACCACAUUGAUGUUGUUUAAAGUUUUGGUGGAAUGUGUUUACAGAUCUACAGUAGUAAUUAAAGGUUUUAAGGUUUUGGAAGUCAGCAACAAUAAUCUAAAUAAUUUGAAUGCUAUUAAAAUGUAGAAUACUUAUAUUUUAAAA